CGCGCGUGUAACGGAAGUGACGCGUGAGCCGGUUGAAAGAAAAGGGAGAAUAAGCGAAUAUAACGACAUAAACGAUCGAACUGAAGACAAAUAAACGGACAUACACAUAUAUGUGCAUGUACAUGUGGCGCAGAUUUGCGAGGUUAUUAAGGUAUGAUUUGUGUCGAUUCAUGGUGUUUGUUGCAAUCGUGUCGAUUCAUGGUGUUUGUUGCGAUCUUCAGGUAUGAUUUGUGUCGAUUCAUGGUGUUUGUUGCGAUCUUCAGGUAUGAUUUGUGUCGAUUCAUGGUGUUUGUUGCGAUCGUGUUGAUUCAUAGUGUUUGUUGUGAUCUUCAGGUAUGAUUUGUGUCGAUUCAUGGUGUUUGUUGUGAUCGUGUCGAUUCAUGGUGUUUGUUGCGAUCUUCAGGUAUGAUUUGUGUCGGAUUCAUGGUGUUUAUUGUGAUCUACAGGUAUGAUUUGUCAAUUCAUGGUGUUUGUUGUGAUCUACAGAUAUGAUUUGUCAAUUUGUGGUGUUUGUUGCGAUCGAUUCAUGGUGUUUGUUGCAAUCGUGUCGAUUCAUGAUGUUUGUUGCGAUCUUCAGGUAUGAUUUGUGUCAAUUCAUGGUGUUUGUUGCGAUCUUCAGGUAUGAUUUGUGUCAAUUCAUGGUGUUUGUUGCGAUCUACAGGUAUGAUUUGUCGAUUCGUGGUGUUUGUUGCGAUCGAUUCAUGGUGUUUGUUGCAAUCGUGUCGAUUCAUGGCGUUUGUUGCGAUCUUCAGGUAUGAUUUGUGUCAAUUCAUGGUGUUUGUUGCGAUCUUCAGGUAUGAUUUGUGUCAAUUCAUGGUGUUUGUUGCGAUCUACAGGUAUGAUUUGUCGAUUCGUGGUGUUUGUUGCAAUUGUGUCGAUUCAUGAUGUUUGUUGCGAUCUUCAGGUAUGAUUUGUGUCGGAUUCAUGGUGUUUGUUGCGAUCUUCAGGUAUGAUUUGUGUCAAUUCAUGGUGUUUGUUGUGAUCUUCAGGUAUGAUUUGUGUCAAUUCAUGGUGUUUGUUGCGAUCUACAGGUAUGAUUUGUCGAUUCGUGGUGUUUGUUGCGAUCGAUUCAUGGUGUUUGUUGCAAUUGUGUCGAUUCAUGAUGUUUGUUGCGAUCUUCAGGUAUGAUUUGUGUCGGAUUCAUGGUGUUUGUUGCGAUCUUCAGGUAUGAUUUGUCGAUUCAUGAUGUUUGUUGCGAUCUUCAGGUGUGAUUUGUGUCAAUUCAUGGUGUUUGUUGUGAUCUUCAGGUAUGAUUUGUGUCAAUUCAUGGUGUUUGUUGCGAUCUUCAGGUAUGAUUUGUGUCAAUUCAUGGUGUUUGUUGCAAUCGUGUUGAUUCAUGGUGUUUGUUGCGAUCUUUAGGUAUGAUUUGUGUCAAUUCGUGGUGUUUGUUGCAAUCUUCAGGUAUGAUUUGUGUCAAUUCGUGGUGUUUGUUGCAAUCUUCAGGUAUGAUUUGUGUCGAAUUCGUGGUGUUUGUUGCAAUCGUGUUGAUUCAUGGUGUUUGUGAUCUUCAGGUAUGAUUUGUGUCAAUUCAUGGUGUUUGUUGCGAUCUUUAGGUAUGAUUUGUGUCAAUUCGUGGUGUUUGUUGCAAUCUUCAGGUAUGAUUUGUGUCAAUUCGUGGUGUUUGUUGCAAUCUUCAGGUAUGAUUUGUGUCGAAUUCAUGGUGUUUGUUGCAAUCUUCAGGUAUGAUUUGUGUCGGGUUCAUGGUGUUUGUUGCAAUCGUGUUGAUUCAUGGUGUUUGUUGUGAUCUUCAGGUAUGAUUUGUGUCAAUUCAUGGUGUUGCGAUCUUCAGGUAUGAUUUGUGUCAAUUCAUGGUGUUGCGAUCUACAGGUAUGAUUUGUGUCGGAUUCAUGGUGUUUGUUGCGAUCUUUAGGUAUGAUUUGUGUCAAUUCGUGGUGUUUGUUGUGAUCUUCAGGUAUGAUUUGUGUCGGGUUCAUGGUGUUUGUUGCGAUCUUCAGGUAUGAUUUGUGUCGGGUUCAUGGUGUUUGUUGCGAUCUUCAGGUAUGAUUUGUGUCGGAUUCAUGGUGUUUGUUGCAAUCUUCAGGUAUGAUUUGUGUCGGGUUCAUGGUGUUUGUUGCGAUCUUCAGGUAUGAUUUGUGUCGGAUUCAUGGUGUUUGUUGCGAUCUUCAGGUAUGAUUUGUGUCGGAUUCAUGGUGUUUGUUGCGAUCUUCAGGUAUGAUUUGUGUCGGAUUCAUGGUGUUUGUUGCGAUCUUCAGGUAUGAUUUGUGUCGGAUUCAUGGUGUUUAUUGUGAUCUACAGGUAUGAUUUGUCAAUUCAUGGUGUUUGUUGUGAUCUACAGGUAUGAUUUGUCGAUUCGUGGUGUUUGUUGCGAUCGAUUCAUGGUGUUUGUUGCAAUCGUGUCGAUUCAUGGUGUUUGUUGCGAUCUUCAGGUCUGAUUUGUCGAUUCAUGGUGUUUGUUGCGAUCUUCAGGUAUGAUUUGUCGAUUCAUGGUCUUUGUGAUCUUCAGGUAUGAUUUGUGUCGGAUUCAUGGUGUUUGUUGCGAUCUUCAGGUAUGAUUUGUGUCGGGUUCAUGGUGUUUGUUGCAAUCUUCAGGUAUGAUUUGUGUCGAUUCAUGGUGUUUGUUGCGAUCUUCAGGUGUGAUUUGUGCCACAUCACAGUGGGUGUGUCUUCCUAACCCACAGUGUUGCUUUUGUGUGUGUUUAUAAUUCACUCAUUUAUUUUAUUCUCAAUCUCAUUUCUCUGCUGUUUAAUCAAUGGUACAGGCUGAGCAGGAUCUCGGAGCUCAAAUAGAUCCUGUUAUUAUGUGAAAUAGUGAUUCUCUCUGUCAAUGCGAGAAUAUUCUGAUUAAAUAACUGAUCUAACAGCUGUUCGCCUCUUUAGUAAAUAGCUGUUUAAUUUUCUUGUGGGUGUAAAUAUAACCAGUGAAUGUGGCUUCACCUGUUUGACUGCACACAGUUGUGUGUUUGAGUGACGUGCUUCUGAUUGUGUGACGUCCUGUCAGGAAUAAACGGGUGUGAACGUACAUGUUUGCAUAGAUUUAGGUUUCAGUUUCCUGAGACAGUGGAAGGUUAUUGGAGUUAUAAAAGUGUCUCUGGCUACAGCUGGUUUACUCUGUGUGUUUUGUGUGUGUGAACUACAGUCACAGAUCACGGCAGAACUACUCUGAGAGUUGAAACUGACUGAGGAAGAAGAUGGCGAGGAAGAGCAGUUAUAAAGAUGUGUCUGGAGUCGUGUUCGACACGCACUCUAAAAUGGUGAUGUCUCAAGGAGGUAGUUUUGAGAGAAUGAAGGAAAAGAUUAAUGCCGUGCGAGCCGUUGUGCCCAAUAAGAGUAAUAAUGAGAUCGCACUGGUGCUGCAACACUUUGAGAACUGUGUGGAUCGAGCGGUGCAGGCGUUUGUAGAAGGUAGUGCUGUGGAGAUCCUGAAGGAAUGGAAUGUAACUGGGAAAAAAAAGCCGAAGAAGAAAAAGAAGCCUAAGCCACAAACUGAUGCACCUGUAGACGCCACACCUACUGAAUCGAACACAAACAUUGAAUGUCCGGAUGCUGUUAAUGGUUUCCAUGCCAACGGUACAGCAGGCGCAGAUGGCGAUUCACUGGAUUCUCUGAGCGAGCAGCUGGACUCCGCCUCCCUGGACGCGGCAGAAUUUGACUCCGAAAGUGCCGCCCCUGAUCUCUUGGACGCUGCAGGUGGAGACGUGGCAUCAACGCCGAGCCCCGCCCCUCAGCUUGGCACCAGUGAUGGAGCGCGACAGAACCAUCACGGCUCCCGUGGUAACAAGUUUCGACCCAAGCCUGUUUCCAGCUCCCAGAAUUCCUCUGUGCUCUCUCUUUCUGACGACCCACAGCAAGGUUCUGCUGCCAAGAAGAUCGGGUCUAAUGUGGAUCGCUCUGUAAAAGACCUGCAGCGCUGUGCGGCAUCACUCUCUCGCUACAGAGUUGUGGUGCGAGACGAGAUGGAUUCAUCGAUCAAGAACAUAAAGCAGACGUUUUCUGAGCUGCAGAGCUGUCUCAUGGAUCGAGAGGUGACACUGCUCACGGAGAUGGACAAAGUCAAAGCAGAAGCCAUGGCGAUUCUGGACGGCCGUCAGAAGAGAGCAGAAGAGCUGAAGAGACUCACUGAUAAAUCAGCUACACUGUCAGAGGAACAACUCACUGAACUACGAGCUGACAUCAAGCACUUUGUCAGUGAGCGCAAGUAUGAUGAAGAUCUUGGUAAAGCUGUGAAGUUCUCGUAUGAUCUGGAGCCGCUCAAGUGCAGCAUCAUGUCUUUUGGAUCAGUGUAUCAUCCUCAGACGAGCUACUCAAGUCGUUCUCGCUGUAGUUCCACCUCUUCCUCUGUCACAGGCUCCGCCCCUGCUCAAGCUCCGCCCCCCUCUGAGCUGCAGCAUCAGGCCUCUGUGUACACAAGCCGCCCCAACGUGCCCCACAAGCAGAUUUUCCAGGGCAACAGGCGCAUCAUUCACGGUUACCAGGGAAAUCAACGGUAUAACGGAAACGCCCAUUAUGACCGCAACCCCGGUCGGACCAACUACCGCUACCAGGGAGAUCGUAACCACGGAGACCAGAGUCACCAGAGUGACCACAGUGAUGGUCUGAAUUCUCAGCUGACCAAUAGCGCAAGAGGCCCCUCCUAUUCCUCAGCCGAUCGCCCAGAUCGCUCCGCCCACAACGGCCUUCCACAGAGACAACCACGGACACACUGCCCAUAACACACACACACACACAGAGUCCUUUUGCCCAUCUAGUCUGAUCUCAUACACUUCACAUUAAAAGAAAAAUGAAGUUUACACCUGAGCUGUCGAGCUGUGGCCCGUCUCUUUAUCCUGUCUCACUCUCUCUUUUACACUGUCUGUCUGUCUGUCUUUCUCAUGAUGGGUCUGUGUUUGAGUGUGAUGUGUGUUUUUGUCUUCCUGUAGCUUUAAAUUGUGAAAGGAAAGUAAGAUCUGCAGCAUCUGUGUUUUGUGUCUCUGAUUCACAUGAUCAACACUAAAGAUGAAGGACAGAGUUUAUAGUGUGUGUGUGUGUGUGUGUUCUCCAUGUUUUCACAUAAACACUCCAUUUUCCUUCAGUUGUGAUGUCACUGAAGCUCCAGUGUUUCUCUGCAGCAGCUCGGUAAGUCUCGUGUUCUCAAUCGGUGCUGAAGCACAACCGCUCGUCUCAUGACUGAACAAACUCAUCAUGAUAUACCUCAUACUCGCGUUCAUAAAUCUGUUCCUCACAUCUUCAUGUCUCAAGCUGAUCUCAUCUCGUUCUCACUCUGGUGCUUUGUCGCUUUCAGAGCUCUUCAGUUGCUCUUCCUGAAAGACUCAUCAUGAGGAAAAACGUUCUUUCAAUACUGUUUAAAGAAACGUGUGCUUGUGUUUUGCAUGAAUUUAAGCGAUUCAGCAGGUCUUGACUGAGUUUAAUUUUGACACUCGCUCGUCCCAGCUGGUGGGUUUCAUUGUUCAUUGGAUGGUUCAUGUCAUGUGAUCAGCACUUUCACAGUUUAUUACUCUGUCCAGCUCAAUCUGUAUAUAUGUAACUAAAUGUAUAAUGUUUUGUAGCCAGCAGCCGUGUAUGUAGAGACACAUUAGGCUGAUUGAUCUCCCAGUUAAACAAGUUAAGUUCUUCCUCAUGUAUAGUGUGUCUUUCUUUUGUUUGUUUUCAAAUGAUCUGAGAUCGCUGUAAAAUCAAGUGCCUUCAGUCAUGUGAUCUGUUCUUUUUCUCCAUGUUUUUUCUCUGGACCAAAGACUUUGAACCCCUCCAGAUCCGCCCUCACUAAACAACACCUGCUCCUGUUGUGCUAACCAUAGUCCUCUUGCUGAUUGACCUACUUCCUUUAUCAUGAAUAAAGAAGGAUUGGUAGAAAAUG